UAAAUUUCUUUUUUCCCGUUCUACAAAUCAAUGUUUUGAAGAACUCAUUUCUCAAGAAUUGUUUUCCCUUUCCAUUUCCCACCCUAUCUUCUCUCUCAUCACCGGCGGCAGCCGCAGACUCCAAACAGAAAUUAAAUCGCCGCCUCCACCGUCAUACAGGGAGAUCACGGAAUAUCAUCUUUCCUUUGGCCGCUGAUCUAAUCCAUCACCACCACCCGCAGCACCGCUAUCUGCCAUUUAUUCCAGCAGGCCUUCCACCGUUCCUCACUGCACUAGAUCCUGAUCAUCAGAUCUGAUCAUUUCAUCUCUGUUGCUGCACUUUCGGAUUUAAGAAAUGGAGAAAGCCAGAGAUUGGGAGCAUAAACUGCUGGUCAACGAGGUAAUUGAAGGAUUAGAGUCUGCAAAGGAACUUCCGAUCCAUCUCGACAUGUCUUCUCCUGCAGGAUUGUUAGUUAAAAAGAUCCAAUCUUCCUUAACUAAUGCUCUUUCCAUCCUGAAAUCGAGCGGCCAAGAGGUAGAGCUGCCGCUGACAGGUCCGAAAGCCAGCUCAAGCUCCACCCUUUCCAUCAAUAAAAGCCUACAAAGCGAGGAUUCUAAUCAGGCCUCCAACGAUAUGGGUAAUCUUGUACACUGCCAGAAAAGACGGAAGCCAUCAAUGGAGACAAAACAAAUGCGUGUUGUUUGCUCAGAGACAGACCCACCAGAUGAUGGCUAUAUCUGGAGAAAACAUGGGCAGAAAGAGAUCACUGGAAGUAGAUUUCCAAGGAGCUACUACCGAAGUAGUGAUCGGUACGAAGGAGGAUGCACUGCCUUGAAGACAGUCCUGAUCAGGUCCCAUGACGACCCCUCGAUGCUUGAUAUCACAUACCAAGGAAAGCACACUUGUGAACAAGCAACCCGUCUAAUGUCACUAGUGCCAUUGGUAAAAGAACAGGAGCAGCAGCAGCAGCAGCAGACACUCCUGCACUUCCCAAUGGAACCCAAAGUAUCUACUGACGUGCAAAUUCCAAGCACGGAAUUAUCGUUAUCUUGCUUCCCUUUAGCAUCGCUUGGCCCUUCGAAUCCCAAUAACCCAAUUGAUUUUCCUUGUGAGCUUGAUGAGCGCAUUGGGAUCAUGGAUGAAGUAAAUGAGGACGCAUUCACAUCCAUAGUUGAUUUUCUGGUCCCUGAAUCCUCUGUGAUAUUCUCAAAAAAAAGCUCUCCAUCACAUGAUAUACCGCAUGUGCUCUUUGAGCGCGCACACAGGAUUUCAGUUCUUGAUCUAUCUCAUACAAAGAUUGAGUUCCUACCAGAGUCAAUUUCUGAAUUGAAGAACGUACAGAAACUAUUAUUUCAUCACUGUGAGAGACUAAAGAUUGUCCCUUAUCUAGCAAAGCUCAAAGAAUUAAGAGUGUUGGACCUCUCAUAUACCAUUAUCAAAGAAUUGCCACUAGGGAUAGAUGAGUUGGUUAACCUAAAACACCUUGAUCUCUCUUACACAAGGAAUUUGGAAAUAUAUCCAGUUGGGGUGCUACACAAGCUCCCUCUACUUGAAGACCUCUUGAUGUUCCAGAGCAGAUGUAGUUGGCCAUUGUCAGAUGUGUUGGGAGGAGCGGACAUCAAAGAGAUCGUAAGUGCGACACACUUGGCUAAUCUUGCCAUAAGCUUUGUAGAUUUGCCGAGUUUCAUUGGAUACAUGAGAUCCGGUCAUUGGCGAACUCUGAAAAGCUUCCGUUUUGAUAUAGGGUGGGUGUUGAAUUGUCUACCCCUGGCCUCUUUUAGUCGGAAAUACAGUGUACAAAUCCUAGGCUGUGACCUUGUUGACGAAAUGGACUCCGUAAUGCUCCCUGAUAAUACUCUCGAGCUGAUCAUUAAGAACUGUCACGGUAUCGGCUGCUUGUCGGAGAUGCAAUGCAUAACGCAUUUGAGGAACUUGAAAGAAUGUAGCGUGGUGGAUUGUGAUGGGAUGGAAUGCAUUUUGAUGGUGGAGAAGAACACAUUGCCUACUAUGGAGGAGUUGAUACUUUAUAACCUUCCCAAUUUAAGGACCCUCUACAGAGGUGUCCCACAGUUUGGCACCCUUCCAAGUCUUAAAACCAUGACGGUCGAACAUUGUCAUAAUCUCAAGAAUUUAUUUUCCUUUGGGUUGUUCCAACACCUCCAAAAUCUUGAAUAUGUUAGACUUUGGAUGUGUGAUAAGGUUGAGGAGAUCAUAGCAGAAGAUGAAGUGAUGGCCGAUAGGGACACCAUCACACUCCCAAGGUUAAAAGAACUGCGGAUGGGAUUUUUACCUGAAUUAAGAAGCGUUUCUAAGAGGGUACUGGUGUGUAAUUCUCUAGUCAGUAUUGUAGUAGAAAACUGUCCGAAACUGAAGAAGCUUCCUCACUUUAUUGGUGUCCUCCCUUCUUUUGAAAAAAUCAGAGGGAGUAGGAAGUGGUGGGAUGCAUUGGAAUGGGAUGAUCUCAAUAUUAGGACUCCUCUCCAAACUUUUUUUAUUGAGCAAUCUGAUCUUGAAUCUGAAUCUGAAUUUGGAUCUGAAUCAGAAGAAGAUGAUCACGAUGAGGAUGAUGAUGGUGGUGGUUUCCAUGAUGAUGAUGAAAGAGGAGACAGCAAAAGAAGGAAAGUACAACUGUAAGAGUAUAACAGUAACAAGCCAAGUGCAUUCUUGAUUGUUCUACCUAUUCAAUGGCACAUUCCAUGUGUAAUUAAAAUGCCUCUGUAACAUUAUUACUUAGGUGUUGAAUCAGCACAACUUAGGUUGAUUUUCCCAACCGUGUGACUGCACCAAGCAUUCAUGGCCAAACAUGGCU